AUGAUGUUGAUGCAUUGCCAUGAAUUGUACAAGCCAGUUUUUAUCAUGAUUUUAGUUAACUUAGCUCUGGCUUUUGUCAAUUUACUUCUGAAGAAGGUUCUUAAUGAAGGAAUGGACAACAUGAUCAUUGUAACAUAUCGACAGGCAAUUUCAUUUAUCUUCAUGGCACCUAUUGCCUGCUUCUAUGAAAGGAAACACAAACUUGAGGCUCACAUAAUAUGUCUUCUUUUCCUCGCUGCUCUUGUCGGAGUAACACUGCCCCAAUACCUAUUUCUUCUUGGACUUGAAUAUACUUCUGUCACGUUCUCAUGUGCAUUCCUCAACAUGGUGCCUGUAUUUACAUUCAUUGUGGCACUGCUAUUUGGGAUAGAGAAGGUGAACAUGAAAAGCAACAGUGGUAAAGCCAAAGUCUUGGGAACCUGUGUGUGCAUUGGUGGAGCUUUGUUAUUGGUCCUUUAUAAAGGAAUGCCCUUAAUCAACCCACUAUCGCAGCACAAAACAAACAAAGCUACAAUAACACCUCCAGCUGCCAAGUUAGAUAAAUGGAUUAUAGGUUCAAUACUUCUGACUGCCGGCUGCUUCUUGUGGUCUUCAUGGUUUAUUAUACAAGCAAAAAUUAGCAAAAAAUAUCCAUGUCAGUACUCUAGCACAGCUAUUUUGUCACUUUUUUCUGGCAUUCAAUCAGCAAUAUCAACUUUGAUCAUCAAGAGAAAUCAUACCUCGUGGAUUCUCAAAGGGAAGUUAGAAAUAAUGAGUGUUAUAUAUGGAUUGGUGGGGUCGGGCUUGUGCUAUGUGGCAAUGUCAUGGUGUGUCAAACAAAGGGGUCCAGUUUUUACUGCAGCAUUUAUUCCCCUUGUGCAGAUAUUUGUGGCCGUGCUUGAUUUCUAUAUACUAAAGGAGGAAAUUUACAUGGGAAGUGUUGCAGGAUCUGCCUUGGUUAUUGCUGGCAUGUACAUUCUUCUAUGGGGAAAAAGUAAAGAGGGAGAGCAAUAUGUCCUGAAGGAUACUCAAGCAAAUGAAGAUGUAGAAUAUCAAUAG